CUCAAUUUGCAGAAAUAUACAUACAGCUCUUAAUUAAGAUCAGAUUGAUAAAUGGGUCAUUGGGAAAAGUUAAAUCUUGCACUGAGGUUACUUUCCUUUGCCAGCCUCGUGGUUUCCAUCAUCUUCUCCCUCACCUCCACCUCCGGCGACGACAACAACAACAACUGCGACAACAACUACUUUCCUUGCAACAACAAUUACAACUACUUUCCUUACAAUUUUGACGUCAAAAUCAAGCUCACCUUCAAGGAUUUUUACGCUUAUCGUUACACACUGUCUGUAAAUACAAUUGGAACCGUCUAUUCUUUCAUCCAAUUUGUGUUAGCGAUAGUAGGGAAAUCCGACGAUAAAUCUUCAGAUGGACUGGUUAAGGCUAAUCCGUAUCUCGACCAGGUGAUGGCCAUCCUACUGGGGACAGGAGCGGCGGCGGGAUUUGGUCUUACGUUGGACUUGAAACACCUUCGUUGUGCUUCAACCAUCACCAGAAGUUUUCUUAACAAGAUGACUAUAGCUUCUACGUUUUGCGCCGGAGGAUUUGGAUUCACCGCCGCAUCAUCCUUUGUGUCUCUCAAAAUUUACGAGGAAGAGAUGGACGUUUGUUGUUAGUUACGUGAUAAUAAUUUCGAUUUAUGGAAAAGUCCGUAAUUGUUACAUAAUAUGUGUUUUGGGUAGUCGUCAAAAGAUUACAAAGAAUGAUUGCUCAUAAUUGACCAGUAAAUCGAAAAGGUCAAGAAGUUAAAUUUAAAAUCUUGUGGUUAUCCCACCAAUUAUCCAACCAACUUGGUUGAGGUUAUCCCGUCAUUAGAAUAAUAAUUAUUGUACGUAAAGCAUGAAGAGAUAAUAUCAUAAUAAAAACAUGUCCUUCAAGAUUAAGUUGUUUGGAAA